AUGGACGCAUCAUGGAGUCCUCCGGCCUUAGUCUUGAGAGAACUGGCUGUGAAGUCACCAGAGAAACUGAACACCAAAUUGAUACGUUCAUCCUUCACAACUCUACGGAUCGUGGAUAAAGGGGUCUCGGUUAUUGACGAGGGAUUGUUGAUGUUCAGUUUUCUGGAAGAGCUCAUAUUAACUGUUAACAACAUCACUAAGGUUCCUUCAAAGAACCUUCCAAAGACACUUAAGGUUCUUGAACUUUAUGGCAAUCGGAUUUCCACUCUCAAGAGUCUGGUCACAGACCUUCCUCCUUAUCUCCUGCAUUUAGGCAUUGGUAACAACUUUCUUGGUUCUCCUGAAGACCUCCAAUGUUUUACUGCUGAUCUUUGGCCUCAGCUGAUGUCCCUUGACUUGAGUUGGUCUGGAUAUACAAAACAGUAUGGUCUUGUGGAUGUACUCUCGCGACUGCCUCGCCUACGGAGUUUAGUUCUAGAGGGAAAUCCUCUAACCCUAACCACUUUGUACCCGGGCUUUACACUGGACAGCUUAGUGCAUUUGCUCUACCUAGACGGAAAUCAAGUAACACCAGAUGACCGACAUCGCUUCAGUGGCCUUGCCCAACUCGGAGCCUCAAUCUCUGAGGAAGCGGAGGUGACUGUGUGUGUUAAGAAGAUGAAGGGUGUUCCUAACUUUGCUUUGCAGCCAGAUGGCAGUGCAGUUGAAUUCCCCCUGGUUAGCUACAGCUACUCCGUCUCUUAUGAAUUUCUUGAUGAAGCUCAGUUCCAGAAAAGUCAGAUUCAUGCUGAUUGCCAAACAUUGGAAAAUACCCCACAGAAUUUACAAGAGAAUAGGAGCAUAACACCAAGUCCAUGGAUGCCAUCAGAUGAUCAAAAUCUUAUAAAAGCCUUCAGCAUUCCUGUUGCUAUGAACUGGACAUCACAGCAAGAGUGGGCUGAAGUAAUCAACUUUAAUUAUACAUGUGUACACCGCAUCAGAGACCUGAGAGCUCUCAAGAACUUUAUUCUCCGAGGCCUUUGGCUCACUGUGGAAGAGCAGAAGGUUUUGUCCUGGCCUGCACCCAAUGCUGAAAACACUGGAAUCAAAGCAUCAGCAAACAAGAAAGAAAAAGAGGUCAAAAUAGCAGGAACAAAAUCAAAAGAUAAGAAGAAAAAAAAAGAGUCAGAGCUCAAGCUGAUACAUGAACAGCCUAUAAAGCAAACCCUCGGGUCAGUACAUGUAAAGCUGAAAGAUCUGUUGGUCAGAAAGUAUCAAAUUGAAGUGGAGUGUGACUUUGGGGUGCAGCAUUCAGGUCAAGCCAUCAUCUCAGCAGUCACCCAGAUAAAGGAGAAAAGUAUGAAACCUAAAGAAGAAAACAAGAAAGAUAAGAUACUAAAGCCAACUUCAUCAAAAGGGAAAGAAAAAGAAUGUAAUGAGGUUGUGCCUGAUGUCUCCGCUGAUGAAAACAACCCUUCCGAGAUGGAGCCUCUAACUGUGGAGUUCAGCAUCCGGUUGGACAAAAAAACCUCAGUAUCACGACAAUUUAUCUAAACUCGACAAAAGAGGCCUUUAUGCAGUGAAGGCCACAUAUCAUUCAGCAGUGGAUUUUUCAUCACCCAUGUGUGUAGCUGUAUUGUAUACUGAAAUCAUUUUAAAUAAACAAAUAAACAGUUUUCAGGCACAAAUUCAGAUGACAGGACAACGUAGCCUGCCUGCAUGGAUUUUCACUGGGUUCUCUGCUUUGCCCCAUCAU